GAAACAUUUUAUUUUACUGAUGAAAUAGUACUUCUUUCAAAAAGAAAAAAACAUUUUUCAAAAAAAUACUGAUGAACAUGACUUAUUUUUUAAAUAAUCAGUUUUAUCAAAAAUAGUUUUAUUUUCCUAGUUUAAAAAAAAAACAAUAUUAUACAGUCAUAUUUUCAAGAUUUUUUGAAAACUAGAAUUUCAAGAAAAAUAGUGUAACAUUACAAGACAAUGUCAAGAAAAAAAGGCCAGAUUUUUGUCAACAAAACACUCCCCCCCCCAAAAAAGGAAGAAUAAAAUCAGAUAAUUUGAGAAUGCAAUAGUGCCUUGACCUUUGAGCUGAAUUGAUUCUGUGACCACUUGUAACUCAAAACGCUUUGUAUUGCAAAUCACCUUUCCCCAUUGAACCGUUCCAUCGCCUCCAAAAAUACCGGCAAAAAUCUUUGUAAUUUGAUUUUUAAGUGAAAUAGCACUACAAUACUGUGCUUUAUAAAAACAUUCAACGGGCUUUGUGCUGCUUCUUUUGAUGUGCAUGCCUUGGCCUCCAGGGGGCAGUAUACUACAUACUGCACAGACAGAUUUGAUGAUGAAACAGAAGACCAUCUCAACUAAGAAGCAACAAUAAUAAUUUGCUUUUCACAGAGGAUAAAGAAUAUAUACCUGAGAGUAUUGUUGCAUGCUUUGUCUUCAUGUGUUGCUACUGCUUGUCUUCAAAUUGUUAUUUUUCAUGAUUACGAGUCAUCGCUCAGCCAAAUUUCCUUUAAAAGCACAGUAAAAAAAAAAAGUAGGUCAAUGUUGGUUGAUUGUAGAUGUCCAUCUGAGCAACAGGUGGACAAUAUGGUGGGUCAACACGUUAAUCUGGUCAAUCCCAUUGGGAGCAUCUGUCUGUCGGGCCCUCCAGUCAAGAGGCAUUAAACUUUAACCAAUCUAAAUCGACCGUUACGCUUUAGCCAGCAUCAGAUCAGGAUCGGACGGGCGCCGUGGCCGCAGAAGUGGCACUUUGGGCGUGGAGGAAGCAUCACGAUGGCGUUGCGGUGGCGCUCAGACUCUCUGGAUGGCGACCGACUCGUGGAAAUCUACCAGCGGAAGGACGGUGACCUGGCCGCAAAGUGCAGCAGCGGCAGGAACGACAAACGUGUCCGCAGCUCACUCUCCGUGCACAUCUACGGCCUGCAAAGACGGCAGAACGUCGAUGUCUCCAGGCCCGAGUACGACCACGGCCUGGAGGAGCUGAAAAAAAGUCACCUGGAGAACAUGGCGCAGCUGGAGAGGAUGUACAUCAGUCCCUGGGAGGAAGAUGAGGACGGACGUCUGCGGAGGGACGGCGACAAAAGCUCCAUCAGAGAGAGUUCGCUCAGCCCAGAGGACAUGAUGAUGAUCCGGCAGCACCUCGGGGUCCGGUCCAGCUCGUCGGGUCCCAACCCCCAGAGCGGUCUCCUGCGUCAAAGGGGCUCUAACGGGCGGCCGGGCAACUCUAAAGUCACGGUCCCCAGACCUUUCCAGAUGAUGCUGCGAGAGGUGCGGAAGGUGCGCACCCGCUCUGAGUUGGAGCUUGAGAACGCGCUGCUCCGACGCGAGCUGGACGAGCUCAGGGAGUGCCAGAAAAAGUUCCGGGCCUCGCCGGCGCCGGCUCACGUCCGCCUGCCUCUCUACGACAUCAUCGGCCGCCGGCGGCCCUUCCACUUCCUGGAGAGAGAGAGGAAGAAGAGCGAGGCCAAGAUGGCGGCGGACCCGGCCGGCGCCGGAGGACCACAAGGUGGGCGGAGGGCCUUCGCAGCUCGGCGCGUGCCCGUCUCGAGGUCGGCCUCCGACGCUCAGACUCAGCGGUCGUCGCCCGCCCCGAGCGGGGCCCCAGGCCCCCGCCGAAACUCAGAUGCCGACAGGCCUCAGAGAGCUCCGUCGCCCAAGGCGGAGAAGAAGCAGCCGGAGGUUUCCGUCGAGCUGGUCAAACCGGGCGAGUGGGCCCACGUGGGCCUGAUGCGCAACGGGAACUAACAGGCUUGUCUCGGGCUUGGCGUGUGCUAACCAACUGGACUGUACAUUGAAUUCGUUUUAGCGGGUUUAAUAAAGAAUGAAGAAUAUCAAAGUCGCGCCCCUGCGUCCAUCUGCAUGGAAAAAGUUUUGGCCACCAGUCGCUCCUAAAUAAAAAGUCAAAUCCGGAGUCAAGGAAUGAACUAACCCGAGAAUAAAGUUGUAUCUUUAAAAAAAAAAAAAAAAAAAAAAACUAGAGCAAAGAUGUAUUGUAUGUGAGAAAAAAAGAUGUAAUCCCACAAGAAUUGUUCUAUUUUCAUUUUACAAGAAUAGUGAUACUUUUAGAGCAAAAAAAAAAAAGUAUCACAAUAAUCGUAUUUUUUGAGAAGUCACUUUUUUUUCACAGAACAAAGUAGCAAUUUUCUGAGAAAAGUCUGAAGAAAGAAAAAAAAUCUCACUAUAAUAAAGUUGUAUUUUUUAAGUAAAAACAAGCAAGAUGAUCAUCAUAGUCAGUUUUCCCAAGAAUAGAGUAGUAAAAUCUUAGGAGGAAAAAGGUUUUGGGAAAACAUUUUUCUGUCAUCUUUUGAGAAUAAAAAUGGAUUUUUUUUCAAGAUAAAAAGGAAUAAAAAGAACAGAAAAAAAGUUAUUUAAAAUAAAUUAUGGGAAUUUCUUGGGGAGUUAAGUACUCUUUUCAGACAACAAAAUAAAAACAUUUCGAGAAAAAAAGCAUUAAUCUUACGAGAAUAAAGUCGUAUUUUAAAAUAAUAAAGUUAUUUGUUCGCUGAAACUUCAUUUUAGUUGUUUUGACUGACAGGUGGCUUUUCAAUGGCGACAGCGAAACCCGGAAGUACUUACGGUUACAAUUUCUUUUGCCGGAAGUCGUGCCUCGGCCGUACCAUAAACAAAAGUGCGUGGGUUUGGUGAGUUAUUUCUAUUUUUUAUUUUCUUUGCCAACUGUACGUCGAGCACGAAGCAAUAAGCUUGAACUGCAAUAUUCAACCUCUUUUCUCUUUUUCUACUCUUAGGAAGUUAGCUUCCGUGAAUGUUUUGCGUUUGUUUUCACGUCGGCUUUGGAGAGCACGUUGGCCAAAAAGUUCGAUGUGCUUUUUCUCUGUUAAAGUUUGGGACGCUUUGUUUUACUAGUUUUAGGUAUGUUACUAAAAAAUUUAAACCGCC